AGAGCUCAGUUUAAUCCCAGAUUGUGAUAAACAGAAUAAAGAAUUAUGCUUCUUAAGGUAUUAAGUUACUUAUCAAAACAAAACAUUCCAGAAAAGUUUCUCAAAUGUGAGGUUUUUCUGCUUUACCUCAACUGAAUAUCUUUGUGCUCUUGUAAACUGUAAUAGGCAAUUUCACAAUCUAGUGACAGGUUAUCGACCUAACAGUUGAAAACAUUUGACAAAUAAAUCGAAAAUGAUAGUUUUUAGUUUUCCCUGCAAAACUCCCCCAGAAUUCUACAUGAUUGUAUAACAAAACAGUCUGGAACAAGCUUUUCCUGUAUCGAUGUAGAAUGAGUCAUGUCACUUAUUAAUGAUUAACCAUACAUGUGAUGCAGAUACAGUACUUGUAAACGUGAACAGGCAUAAAAAUAAUACUUAGUUGUUUGCUGAUCCAGUUAUACAAUGAGGCAAUACCGUGUUUCUAGAAACGAGCUAACGUGAAAUGAACAAACGCUUAACAUUUUAGAGCCCAAAAAAAGCGACAAAAACAGACAUUAAAAAGCUGUCAAUCCUGUCGGAGAGAGUAAUUAGACACUUAUUUAACUCUGCUAACACCAACAUGUAUUUUAAAGGCGGCUAAAGUUAGCAGAGUGUUAGCAUGGAGAAGCAGUCAGCCAACAGGAUGACAGACAGGCGCUAAAGGAGCUAAAAUUAGCUUGCUAUCUGGCUGGCUAACAUGACAACAUUUCGACGAAAUACUGUCUCAGACGAGGAUUAACCGACAGCAAAGAAGCAAACUGGGAACGUCUUUAACUAGCACACAGCCGACCGAGCAGCUAACUGUGAAGUGAGCUAAUAACAGCAGCUAGCCAGACAUGCUAACGUUAACACUAGCGGCUGUUUGCCUUCCUGCGCGGAGUCAGUUAAGGCAUGUUUUGGACACCAGCCGAGCCAAGCGAGGAAGAAAAUCAUCUUACAUUUAGCAUUCAAACGAACUGGAUGUCAUAUAUACCUUUCAGUUUAGUGUGUAACCUUGUUUGUUAUCAGACACCCAAGUGCCCGUCUUGUUUUUUUUUAGCUUCUUCUUCUUCUUCUUCUUCUUCUUCUUCUUCUUCUUCUUCUCCUUCUCCUUCUUCUUUGCGUCACUUGGCGGAUCCAUACUAACUUGCAGGUGCAUACCACCACCUAUUGUACCGGAGUAGGUAGAGCAGCAACUAGUUUACAUGCAUCUGUUAAAGAAAAGUGUACGAACUGUAGUCUACUUAAUACAAAUGAAGUUACUUGUAUGCUACUUGAGUAUUUCAAGCUGCUAAUUUAUAAUACAAUUUGAAGACAAAUGAUUUCUUACUCCACUGCAUUGAUCCACCAUCUUGUGAUACUUUAAACAUUCAUACUAAUACCAAUACCUUCAUUUAAGGAGCAUGCAUGGGUGAAUGUUUCUUAUUUUAAGACAAAGAAAAUCACUUCAUUCAUUCAUGUAUUUUACUUCUCAUUUAUCCUGACUCUACAGCCUACUGCAACCUUAAAUCUGACAUUAAUAAAUCUAUAAAUGCAUUUUCCCAUAACAAAUGUAUGUUACAAGAAAAUCGGUAACCCUAAAACUGGCUCACAAUAAUAAAUUAAGCUGUAGCAUGUGAUUCAGGUAUUAGAAGUGCAAUGGGGCAAUCAAAAGUACAUUAGACCUUUACAAACCAGACCAAAAACGCACAACUCCUCAUUCUUCUUUAUUUAAGUCUAGUGUUGGUAGUGCUGACUACUUGUUUUGGAAUCUUUCACAUGGAAACUCUGGGAACCCCCCACAGCUUCUGCAUAAAAGACACAUCUUGAAGACGCAGAGGGUUAACUUCAAGCCCCCACCACCACCACCCACAUCUCCAAUAUGAAAGCCGCCUCUCUACCGGGAGAGGAAGGCUCUUUUUCGGUCAGAUGGCGUGCUGCAGUCCGCCCCCGUCAUUCUCCAGCCCACACAAACAGGGCAGCCAGCAACCAAUACGCUGCGCCGGAGGAGGAUUUCUGCCAGUGAUUUCAGACGAGCUACGAUACGCAAAGGGGAUUUACUACGCCAAUCUGAGCCGGGGACGCUUUCGGCGAUAGGUAACAGGUUACUCACUCCGGGAGUAGCCUACCGACCUUGGAGAGACACCAUUCCGUAAAAAGUCUCUGCACAUCCGUCUGACCCGAAGAAGUUGUGUGCCAUGUCUCUGCCACGCACACUUGGUGAGUUGCAGCUGUAUCGGGUCCUGCAAAGGGCCAACCUGCUGGCCUAUUAUGAAACCUUUAUUCAGCAGGGUGGUGAUGACGUGCAGCAACUCUGUGAGGCAGCAGAGGAGGAGUUUCUGGAGAUCAUGGCUCUAGUUGGCAUGGCCACCAAGCCACUGCAUGUGCGUAGGCUCCAGAAGGCCCUCAGAGACUGGGCGGCCAACCCUGCCCUUUUCAGCCAGCCCGUCUCCAACGUUCCUAUGGGGGGCAUCCCACUGUUCAAAGUAGACGGCACAGGGUCUGGUGGAUCAGCAGGCGGGCCAAGGAAGUCUCUGAGCAACGGGCAGCCGGGGUCCCCCUGUGAGAGGGACGAUCGGGCUUGUCUCACUCCUAUGCAUAGUGGGAGUCCAAGAAGCCCUUGCUCCCAGGCUUCCCCACAGCCACCAGACUCACACUACAGGGAAAAACUGUCCCCCAUGGACCCACACUGGCUCACCCCAGAGCCCGAUGGGAACUGCACUCUCUCAUCCGGACUCGAAGAGGAGUCGCCCAGCCCACCACUGCUGUCAACGUGUCCUCCUGGUCCCUCUAGUUCUCUAAGCCCCUCUUCCACCCUGUCCGCCUGGCCCGGAGGACAGCUGGACGGGGAGACGGCGAGGGCGGUGGUGGAAAGCGUUGACAGGCUCCUCAGGACCCUGCCUAGGUCAGAUGCUGCAGAGGUGAAGACUCUGCUUAGGAUGAACAAGAAGAUGGCAAAGACUGUGGGACACAUCUUCAAAAUGAGUUCCCAAGAUGUGAACAAAGAAGAGGAGAUCCGGAAGUACAGUCUCAUUUAUGGACGCUUUGACUCAAAGCGGAGAGAAGGAAAGCAGCUCACACAUCAUGAGUUGAUCAUCAAUGAAGCUGCUGCCCAGUUCUGUAUGCGUGACAAUGCCCUUUUGCUGAGACGGGUGGAGCUCUUUUCUUUGGCUCGGCAGGUGGCGAGAAAAUGUGCCUACACCUCCACACUAAAGCAUGCAAGGACAAAUGCAGAUGAGAACAGCCUACUGUCCCAGAAGAGAGUGAGACAUGAGGUAAUUGUGCCUGAGAGUGUGUCCUCACUUCUCGGCGCAGAGAGCUCUGAGGGCUUGACCCAGAGGGCAGAUGAUGACAGCUUAUCUGCAGAAAGCCUCGACAGUGUAUCACAUGACAUCGGCUCGCAGUGCAACCAAUCUCCAUCCCCCCGUCCCCACACUGACACGUCCAACCCUGCUAACUGGAGUCGCCAUCUCAUACAGCAAACGCUAAUGGACGAAGGGCUGCGAUUGGCUCGGAUGGUGUCACAUGAUCGGGCCGGCAAAAUCAACCUAGGGUCAGAACGAACUCACUGUACAGAUCAUGACAGUAAAGUGGAGAGGCGGAGCUCGAUAACAACGUGCAGGAGCAGCAGCCCUUGCAUCACCAAAGACGAGUGUAGUCACCGGGGGAAAUGAAAAAACUCAGCUUUUGUCUCAGAACUUUUCCUCAGGCCUGCCACUGAACUCUGUCCGUUUUACAGGUUGCUACUAACACUGACAUCUGAUGAGAAGAAGACUACAGUAAUUGUCUGAAUUAAGGACUGAUAUUUUAAAUGUGGAGUGACCUCUAAACACUGAAAGAUAUUACAUUUUUACUUUAUAAUCAGUAAAGUUGAAGGGAAGACACAGAAGUGCGAAAAUUCAAUUAUUUUAUAUGAAGAAAAAAACUGAAUUUAAAAAAGAAAUAUAGUUUUCAGGUCAGUAUUGUAAGAAGUGCCAUGUGCUGACAGUGCGACUUAAAUUCAAUGGGAUCUACACAGUAGAGGGCACUGUAACUUUGGAAAUGGAGUCUCUUAAAUCUUCUGUAACAUACUAGUUAUGUUAAGGAAAUUUGGUUUCAUAGGCAGAUUUUUCUUGACUUUUACAGCAGGUAACAGGCUAAAAAAAGAGUAUAAGCAGCUCCUUACCCUCAGGAAAAAAAUUGAUAUUUUAGUUUUUGAUGUUUGUGCAUUGUUUAGGAUUCAAAAAUGAAAAUACUCAGCAGCGUGUUUCUUUAAAACGCUGUUAGGUUCAGAAGCGUUUUGUUUUUCGCUGCAUCAUCCAAUCGCCCAUAUGAUCGAAACAAACAUGCUGAGAUAUUAGAGAUAUAUUAGAUAUAAAGCCGCAGGUCUUCAUCAUCCUCUCCUUCACAUGUUUCUGUAAUGGUAUUUUGCAUAAGCAACUGAUAUGGUGUUUGUAAGAGAACAUUUUACAGGUUUUUCAUUUUCUUAAAUACUGUGAGAAUUUCCUUAGAAAACCAUUUGAAAAAUGAUUGGCAUUGUAUGAGAACACCAAUGUUUGUUUAAUUUUAUUUUCAGCAGACAGUUAACGUUUUAGUUGCCUCUCUACACAUCAGGUUUCAGGCUCUUGCUCCAGAGCAGGGAGGAUGCCCCCCCCCCCCUCAUCUUACUUAAAGUGUGUUCCCAAUAGGGGCCAUUGUACAGCCUGUGAGGAGACUGCAUUCAAAACUACAUUGCAAUAUUUUAAGGAUAAAAGAAAAAACACUGCAUUUAAAAAAAAAGAGGUGAUUUGUAUAAAUGUUUGAUGCGGUUUUAUUUAGGCGUGGUGGAAACUACAAUAUGGCUGCGUGUUUUUCUGAUGAUUUCUGUAGUCUUAGAUAUUAAUUAGGCGAAAGUUAUUUCCCUCUUUUGUCCUUUGAGACUUAAAGUAAGUCCCGUUUACUUUCUACCCAUGGCGAGGUUUACAGAAAGACGUUGACUCGUUACAGCAACUGCUUCAAGUUAUGCCAGCCUAUUUGAUCCUAAUUAAAGUUUAAAUGUAUUUAGACUUAAUGUAAUGUUGAUAAUGACUUUUUUGUAUCCCUAAUCACAGAGUAUGUCAGUGAGCUAUAGCUUUCUGUGCAUCAGUUACACCUGCCUGUCAUUUGAGCAUUGGUAACCUCCUCAGUUUAUUAUGUUGCAAAACAGAUUAUUUAUUUUGUUACAUCUCAAUAAAUGUUAUUUUAUUGCUUGAA